AUGCUAUUUACAAUUGUUGGGCCAAUGAACAAUACAAAUGGAUCAUCAAUUAGUUUUGUUGAUUUCAAUAAUGGAAUAGAUAUAUCUGAUGACGAUACUUUGUAUAUUGCUGAUACUAACAACGACCGGAUAGUGACAAUUACAGCUGAUGGUCAGCAGAGCACUUUUGGAUCAAGACCCGGUAUUAGUCGUGCCGAAUUUUACGGACCUUUUGAUAUUUCCGUCACUAAAACAUCAAUCUAUGUUAUUGAUACUGGUAACUAG